CUCGAAGGAAGCAAUUUUUAAGAUGAUACAUAAAGUAAGAGUAUUUUCAAAACAUAAUAUCCGUUAAAAAAUCCGUUUCCAGUUUUCGUAGCUAGCGAACAUAAAUUAGUUAAUAGACCAUUAUGAUUUGACUGCGACAUACAAAACUGCUAGAACCUAGUGCCCGGUAGUAUGUAGAAUAGUGUAUCUUUAUCUCAGUUAUGAAUGGUUAAGUGUCAUUAGGCUGCUUUUAAAAGAAUUAGUAGAAUUCAACUCCGUGGCUUCACUUUUCAGGUGAUGUCCGCAGAAAUGACCCUCUCGGCCAUAUUUAUGGCUUUAAUCAUCCAUCACCAGGCGAUGCGUGUUCGGGGCGUCACGUGCACAGUCUCCGAUUGGACGACAACUUUCGACAACGCGGGUUUGUCAAAGUGCAAAGAUCUGAACAAUGCGUACAUCAGCGGAUUCAGCAGAAGCUCCCUAGGAACCCCAGACACCAUCGAUCGUUUAGAGGGCGCCAACUGUUGCCAGAUCGACCCCGUCUACCAAACCACUGCCUACGUCGUGAAAUAUAGUGACUGGUCCUGGACGAUGACCCAGAACAAUAGAUGGUCAUGGUGCCCUCAGGGAUUUUUCCUGUCUGGCCUCUCCCGAAGUGCUGGCAAUCAAGCUAAAGUCAACAGCAUCCAGCAGGCUCGCUGCGUGAAACCGAGCCUCCAUCCGUACUAUUACCGUUCCUGCUACGAUGAGAGCAUCGAGGCGACGUUUGAAGCCAAGGGUUCGGUGUCCUGUAGAGACGGCUACUACGUUGUGGGUCUGUACAGAGGUAACUGUGACGAGCUCAAGUGCAUCGACUCUCUCCACUGUUGCCAAAUGGCGUUGAGACCCGAAGAGCUUGACUCGCUCGCCGCCGUUAAGAAUCGCAUCAUGGAUCAAACGUUGCAGUCGUUGAGCUAUUUGGCAUACUAUCUGGGCUAUGCCUGGUGCAACGGUUGUCGUUCUCCGUUCAUUGGCGAAGAUUUCGUAAAAUCCGGCGAUACCUGGCUGGCCGACACAACCGGGGUCUGCAGUGGCACGCGCGCGAAUGAACGGCUGAAAAUCAAAUACGACGACUGGAGCUUUGGCGUUACAAGCCUCAUCUACGACCAGCAGCUGGUCCUGGCAGAAGUUGUGGCCGAGGUCAUCGACAGCGGGACAUUCUCCAACAACGGACCGGACACCUCUUCGAUGACCAUCACCAGGGCCGUUGAAGUCGCCAGGACCAUUCGGCACACCAAGACCAGUUCGUGGAAGGUGGCGGCGGAACUGGGCAUAGAACUGAAUUACAUCUUUGAGUCGACCAACAUAAAGUUUACCUACGAAAAUAGCGAGGUCAGCGAGACGGGGGACGAAACUGAGAACAACAACAAAUUUCAAGUGGAGACUACAAAAGAGCUACCGGCGUAUUCCGCCUGCGAUUGGAAGCUGAUACUGACAAAAACUAAAUCAUCAAACGGCUAUAAAGCCUUAGUUAGCACAAAGUUCUCGGUUGAAUUUCAAGGUUUUCUGAGGUAUCGCGACAGUUAUUACGGCCCCGAUACCAACUAUCACUACGAUUACAGGGGGAAAGACACACGACCGGCGUUUAACUAUCGUUUCGGCAAGAGUGGCAUCCCCUUCUACUCAGCAUUAAAAAGGGUCAGUAAUUUAUUUUUGCUCUAAUUUCAUUUAGAAGAAACAUUCUAUUGCGGUACUUAUUUAAAUUUGAGAAAUGAUUAACUUUGAAGACUUAAGUUUAAAAAAUACUAGUAAGUAAUCAAUUAGAAAAACCCUCUCUAGUCUAAUCGUAAAACUAUUAAAUGAGCUUAUUAUACAACUCCGGUUGACAAAUCUGUGGUGGCUUGUCGAUUAGGAGGCGUCGGCCACCGACCCCCUCGGCGUUACCCGGGGAACACAACCACUGGGCGCGUCCUGCGUGGGCAGACAAGGGACGUGCUCGGUACCUGCCGUAAAUAGAACAGCACCUACUGGGCUGCCAGUUGUGACGCUUCACAUUUGGAAGAAAAGGCAGAGACAGGGUAGGGAUCAUGAUUACAAGUUGCCGUUAAUGGAUAUGAGGCGAGAGGCGACAGUGGUAACCUCUGGCCGAUGAUUCUCACUAUGCAGCCCUGAGAAGCUGUUCCAAGCCAACCGUUUCGUCCCAGCUACUUCGCAAAUUAGUAGCGUUGUGGAAACUCACUGUGGAAUCCCUCUUCUAGGGCGUCCAACGCUUCCCAGGCUUGGNUAUAUAUAUAUAUAUAUAUAUAUAUAUAUAUAUAUAUUUAUAUAUAUAUUUAUAUAUAUAUAUAUACACCGAUUAUUAGAGAUGCAAAUUCAGUGGAUACUAAAAAUUCGAGAUACUAUCAAAUUUAAAUAAAAUUCUAAAAAGCAAAAACUUUAUAUAAUGAAAUGAAAAUUAAAAAAUAAAUAAAUCUUACAAUAAUCAAAUAUUCACAAUAAAUAUUCCUCUAGAUUUUUUAAUAUAUCUUUAGAGUUAAAACCUAUUAGACAGAACUAAAAAAAAAAACAUUUAAAAAAAAAAGUAUGUAUAUAUAGGCUUGCCGUCUCCCAGUCAUCUGACCUCGCUAUCUAUCCUAGUGUCUCCCAAAGUCAUCUGGCCUCGCUGUCCACCCCAGCGUCUCCCAGAGUCAUCUGUCCACCAUCAUCUAUAUCCUUUACCACUAACGUUACUUUUUCACAGGAAAGCUCACAAAACAUGUAUCCAUGGAUGUGGAAUGACAUCGUGACAACGCAUGGACAAGCUCAGGUUAAACUUUUCAACAAUUCCGUCUUUUCUUUUUUUAAAUGGUCAGCUUGAAAAUUUUUACUGUUAUAUUUUUUUCUUUAAUUUAAUUUAAUAUAUAUUCCCUAUAUCACAAAUAAUAAUUCUCUAGGUAUGUAUGUAAGGCUAUAGCACUGUGUUCAAUAGCCACACAAGAUCAAAUUCCCAGAAGUUAGCACUAAUUAUUGGGAUUCUUAUAAAGUGUGUUACUUGAAUGUGUUUCUUGAAUGCAUGUUGUCAAGUAACUUUAGUAGAUCGAAAUUUCAUUCAUUGCCUAAUUUAACAAACUUCUUCCCAUGAAGGAAUUCAUCGACUACCUGAAUGAUGAAAGCACAUACACCAUACCACUGACGGGGAAGUUUGAAGACAUCAGUGGCAAAAACGUUUUCUUCCAGUGGAACUGCCCGUCGAACCAAACGUACCAGCGGGUCAGAAGGAGCGCAGGGGAUGGUGAGAGACAAAGGACUGAGUCGCCCAAUGGAAUGGUCAAGCACAUUGACAAGAGAAACAUUAAGCUUAAAGCUUAAAUGGCAUCACUCAAGAUCAAUAAAAAAAGAGACCUGGCUUUGCAGGCAUGAAUAGUAUGGAGAAAUUAUAAAGUUGUAGUAUCGUGUAAUAGAAUUUUUCAUUAUGUAUCCAUAGUAACCAAUUAGAAACAGUAGUUUAAAGAUAUAUAUCUUAGCCAUUACUAUUAGUAUGGAUAAAAUUAUAGCCUAAUUUUUCACACUGAUCUGUAAUGGCAACCCCUUGGGGUAUCACUUAUCCACUUUCCAAAAUUGAUUGGUACCAAGUACAGUACCAGUAUUUAAAAUGUAUAUUUUGACGACCAAGUAUUUAAAAAAGGACCGAAGUUCCUUUUUUUGCAGACUUUGGAACCGAUAUGUGCCUAUGGUGGAAAACCAUCCCUUGACUUGUAGGAUGAAGGGUGUAUAAAAUGUUCAGUGGCACUUCCUCUCGACAUGUUAUUGAUUUCAUACACUGAAUGUGAAAAGAAGAAUGGAUUUAUUUAUAUCCGUUACUUUAACUUUCACAGUGCAUAGAAAUAGACUGUCAGCUGCCAAUGCAAAUAUACAUCAUCAUUGUAAAUGAACACUGGUCUGUUUUAUUGUUGGUUCUUGUGAUUAAUUUUAAAAAGUGUAUAUACCAGUUGUUGAGAACUCAGUAUUCUGAUAGAUAAAGCAUUUUUUUUCUGGUCCAAACAGUUAUGGACCAUUUCAAAUAUAGGUAAUUUUUCAGCUUUUAGUACAACUUUUUUAUGACAGCUGAUGCGUUACUGCUACUUAAGUGACAAACAUGCAUCAAUAAUACCAUUCCUUUAUUUAGGUUUGAACUAUUUUAAAAAUUAGGAGCAGGAAUGAAAAAAAAAAAAAAAAAACAAUCCUUCAAAAACAAUUUUAAAUUCUGGAAGCAAAAAAAAGAAAAAAGACAUUUAAAAACAUUUUUAUGACAGCUGAUGCGUUACUGCAACUUAAAUGACAAACAUGCAUCAAUAAUACCAUUCCUUUAUUUAGAUUUGAACUAUUUUAAAAAUAAGGAGCAGGAAUAAAAAAAAAAAAAAAAAAAAACAAUCCUUCAAAAACAAUUUUAAAUUCUGGAAGCAAAAAAAAGAAAAAAGACAUUUAAAAACAUGGCACCUGACACUAACUAUGAAAGCUGCCAAAUUUGUAGCUUUCAACAAUUUUACAAUUCCUUAAAAAAAUUAAUAAAACCAUAGUUGUACAAUUAUUAUUUACUAUACUUCUUUUUAUUGCAUUUUUAUUUCUGAGAAUAAAUCUUCGCUAUCUCCUUAGCAAAUCGAGGAAGUGGAAAGCCCAUGACAUUGAAGUUAUCUCCGUGUAUUUUUUCCACCAACGUUCCACCAAUACCUUGAAUACCAUAAGCACCUGCUUUGUCCCUGGGGGAAACAAGAACAUGUAAUUAAGUUCAAGUUUAAAAAGCAGUUUUCUCAGUUGAAAUUACAAAAUUUCCAAAAAAGUCAUUCUCAUGAGGCAAAGCUACUCCUCAUGGCUCACUGUUAGUUGUAAAUAUUGUAAAACAUAACAAAUUGUAUUCCUUUAGUUUCUUUCACUCUCAUAAUUGAUUAAUAUAACAAUGGAUCCUAAAGUAAAAUAUACUUAAAUAUACUUAUAAUUGAUUAAUAUAACAAUGGAUCCUAAAGUAAAAUAUACUUAAACUUAAAGCAGUAAUAUUAACUAUGCAACGUGUUCUGGGAAAAAUGAUUGGAGCUGUACAAGACGUUAAACAAUUGUGUGUGUAAAUUAAUAUUUGUAUUUUGAGGAUUGUACCUUUUUCACUUGCUGUAAGUUGAUACAGUUUCUUUGCUACUGUACUCGAAUUUGUAUUUUUAUAGAAAUUUGUACAAUUCAAUUAAAUAUUGUUAUUAUCACUAGGUUUGGUAUCGUUUCCUUUGCAUACUGUAUUUCCUCAGUACUUUGCUUUACAUUUAAUCACUAAUAAAAUCUCCAAUGAGUUGUACAAAUAACUUCACAACUCUUGUAUGCAAAGUUAAACUAGGACACAAAAUAGUUUACGACUUUUGCAUUAAGGCUUCAAUGAUGUAAUAUGAUAUAAAUAUGAUGAACGAUCUACGGAGGUGAUUUUCAAACUUUUUACACACACUAACUGGCAGAAACAAUGAUAUGUUUGUAGACAUUAUUUUGGGAAUUACCAAAUGCGUCUUUGAUAAUUGUGAUUGCAUUUUUUAUAAGUUAGAAAACCUGCCAUCCAAUGGGUUUUCUGUUUGAUUUUAUAACUGACCAAUUGGAACACAAUCUUCUCACAUAAAUCAUGACAUCCGGUUUUAUUGUGAAAAUAACUUUUUUCAUGGACCAAUACAAGAUUUCUGCAGAUAGGUGUUGAAAUAAUGUAUUUACUGACA